AUGUCAGUUGUUAAACUGUGUUUAAUACAACAAUCUGGUGGGCAGUAUUGGGAUGUAUCCAAAGGAAGAAAAGAUGGGAGGAUAUCUAAGGCUAGCCAUACCACACAAUUCCUAGCUUCAGUCUUCAAUAUAUUACAACUCCAACAAAGCUUCUCUCAGAGAGGUCUGUCCAUGGAAGACCUUGUUGCUCUCUCAGGUGGCCACACGAUAGGUUUUUCCCAUUGCUCAUCAUUCCAGAAUAGAAUCCACAAUUUCAAUGCCACCCAUGACAUUGAUCCUACACCACACCCAUCCUUUGCAGCAAGUUUGAGAAGCAUUUGUCCAAACACGAGCGGGGCAAAAAAUGCAGGCACCUCAAUGGUUCCAUCGUCAACUACUUUUGACAACACGUACUACAAGUUGAUUCUCCAAGGGAAGAGCCUCUUCUCUUCAGAUCAGGCUUUACUCACUUCUCCAAAGACAAAAGACUUGGUUUCAAAGUUUGUAAGCUCAAAAAAAACUUUCAAUGAGGCCUUUUUAAGUUUCAUGAUCAAGAUGAGCAGCAUCACAGGUGGUCAGGAAAUUAGAAAGGACUGUAGGGUGGUAAACUAAACUAUCUUUCUCAACUAAGUGCCUCCAUCAUCCAAAGUGAUCGGAAGAAAACCAGAGCUAUCAAACUUGUUGAUUUUUAAGAUUAUAUGAACCCCGAAAUUCAAUACUCAACAGAACAAUGCAUAUAUUAUUUACAGAUUUAAAUGUUAAAGCAGUCUAUUUCCUCUCCUGCAAAUGGCAGUCCUGUUUGGAUACUCUGUUAUGCAUAAUUUUUGGGGUUCAAUACAAAACUUGAUGUAGGGGGAGGAAAGAGAUAAAUGGAAAGCCUUCAUGAAAUUUAACAACUAAUUUUACUUGAAAGCAGAAUUGGAGGUCUUGACAUACAUUAUUUGCCCACGUGUUGCUCAUAAAUGAAAAUGUAAAAUUGUCCAAAAUUUCCUUGGAUAUGAACAUCCAAACUGAUUGACUAGAUCUUGGUACAAAUGCACUUAAUCCAGUUUUAGGAAGUUAACAUUUUUGUACACUUCUGAACAGAAGAUAAUAAGCUCAUAUCAUUUUGAUGCUACAAACAAGUUAUUGGUGCAUACAGGAUUGCAAUGGUCUUGUAUAGGACAUAAAAAAAUUACAAAAACCAAAACAAUUGUUUAUGGUCCAUAGUUCAAUUCAGCAUCAAGCUUAGUUUAAUUCCAGAAGUGAAGCAAUAAAUAAAAACAAGGGGGGAACAGAUAGUGUAACAUGUUAAUGUCAUCCCCAACCCAUGUAUUUUAAUAGUCAUUCAAGAAGGCAAAAAAAA